AUGGACACUUCAUCAACGGCGAUAGAAUGGACACUCUCAGAACUCAUUAGGCACCCACAAGUCACAAAAAAGCUCCAGAAAGAGUUAGAAUCCGCGGUGGGCUCGGCUCAUACGGUCGAGGAACAUCACCUCAACAACCUCCAUUACUUGGAUGCUGUAAUCAAGGAAGCUCAAAGGCUCCACCCGGUCGCACCACUAUUGAUUCCCCACGAAGAUCCAGACGUUUGGCCCGACCCAGAAACAUUUUCCCCCGAGAGGUUUAUUGGUAGUGAGAUAGACCUGAGGGGCCAUGAUUUUCAGCUAUUGCCGUUUGGGUCGGGCCGGAGGAGUUGUCCCGGGCUGCAACUCGGGCUCACCGUGGUGAAGUUGAUAGUGGCACAACUAAUGCAUUGUUUUGAUUGGGAGCUUCCGAAUGGUAUGUCGACUUGUGAUUUGGACAUGUCUGAACACUUUGGUUUGGUGACUGCUCGAGAGAAGCAUCUAAUGGCUAUUCCAACUUAUCGCCUACGCGAGUAA